GUGUUUGAAGGGGGCGCAAGAUGGCGGCGGGAGAGGCGGUGGGACGCUACCGGAGCAGCAUGAGCAGAAGCAAGGACCCUUCGGGGCUGCUCAUCUCUGUGAUCAGGACUCUGUCUACCAGUGAUGAUGUUGAGGACCGGGAGAAUGAGAAGGGCCGCCUGGAAGAAGCUUAUGAGAAAUGUGACCGGGAUUUGGAUGAGCUCAUUGUCCAGCACUACACUGAGCUCACCACUGCGAUCCGCACCUACCAGAGCAUCACAGAGCGCAUCACCAACUCCCGGAACAAAAUCAAACAGGUGAAGGAGAACCUGUUGUCAUGCAAGAUGCUGCUGCAUUGCAAGAGGGAUGAGCUGCGCAAGUUGUGGAUUGAAGGAAUUGAACACAAACAUGUCCUGAAUUUGCUGGAUGAGAUAGAGAACAUCAAACAAGUGCCACAGAAGCUGGAGCAGUGCAUGGCCAGCAAGCACUACCUCAAUGCAACAGACAUGCUGGUGUCAGCAGUGGAUUCCUUGGAGGGUCCCCUUCUUCAAGUGGAGGGAUUGAGUGAUCUGAGACUGGAGCUCCACAGCAAGAAGAUGAACAUGCACUUAGUCCUGAUAGAUGAGUUACACCGUCAUCUUUACAUCAAAUCAACUAACAAAGUGGGGCAGCGCAACAAGGAGAAGGGGAGAAUAAGCUCACUUGUGAAAGAUGCUUCCUCUGUACCCCUCAUGGAUGUUACUAACUUGUCUACACCUCGAAAGUUCCUCGAAACUUCCCAGUUCAGUACUCCUGGAAGCUCUAGCAUGCGAGAAACAAGCCUUCUGGAAAUUAAAGAAGAUAUGGAACUGGAUCCAGAGGAGAACAGCACUGUCUUCAUGGGCAUACUCAUCAAAGGGCUGGCCAAGCUGAAAAAAAUCCCUGAAACAGUGAAAGCCAUCCAGGAUCGCCUAGAACAAGAACUGAAGCAGAUUGUUAAGCGUUCCACGACUCAGGUGGCAGACAAUGAUUACCAGAGGGGGGAAAAUAUUUCCCAGGAAAAUCAGCCUAGGUUGCUGCUGGAGCUGCUGGAGCUUCUUUUUGACAAAUUCAACGCUGUGGCUGCUGCACACUCCAUAGUCCUUGGACAUCUUCAGCAGACGGUGGCCUCUCCUUGCAGCCAGUACGAUGGUGAUAUCAAGCUCUACGACAUGGUUGAUGUGUGGGUGAAGAUCCAAGAUGUUUUGCAGAUGCUCCUGACAGAAUACCUGGAUAUGAAGAACACCCGCACUGCCUCGGAGCCAUCCGCUCAGCUUAGCUAUGCCAGCUCUGGGAGAGAAUUUGCAGCAUUCUUUGCGAAGAAGAAGCCCCAAAGGCCUAAAAACCCUUUGUUCAAGUUUGAAUCCUCCUCCCAUGCUAUUAGCAUGAGUGCCUAUUUACGUGAGCAGAGAAGGGAGCUGUACAGCAGAAGUGGGGAACUUCAAGGAGGACCAGAUGAUAAUUUAAUCGAAGGUGGAGGAUCCAAGUUUGUCUGCAAACCAGGAGCCAGAAACAUCACCAUCAUCUUUCACCCACUCCUCAGAUUCAUCAAGGAGAUAGAGCAUGCCAUGGAGCUUGGUCCAACCAAACAGUGUCCUCUCCGUGAGUUCCUCACCAUGUACAUCAAGAACAUCUUCCUCAAUCAGGUCCUGGCUGAGAUCAACAAAGAAAUCGAAGGAGUCACAAAGGCGUCUGACCCCCUGAAGUUGUUGGCUAAUGCAGAUACCAUGAAGGUCCUGGGUGUGCAGCGGCCUCUUCUGCAGAGCACAGUAAUUGUGGAGAAGACUGUUCAAGACCUGAUGAACCUGAUGCAUGACUUGAGUGCCUAUUCGGAUCAGUUCCUCAACAUGGUGUGUGUGAAGCUCCAGGAGUACAAGGACACCUGCACCCUUGCCUACAGGAGCAUCGUGCAGUCAGAUGAAAAGCUGGUGAUCAGUGCAUCCUGGGCUAAGGAUGAUGAUAUCAGCAGGCUCCUGAAAUCUCUGCCCAACUGGAGCAACAUGGCUCAGCCCAAGCAACUGAGACCCAAGAGAGAGGAGGAGGAAGAUUUUAUAAGGGCUGCUUUCGGCAAAGAGUCAGAAGUUCUCAUUGGCAACCUGGGAGAUAAACUCAUCCCCCAACAGGAGAUCCUGCGGGAUGUCAGCGACCUCAAGGCUUUGGCCAACAUGCACGAGAGCCUGGAGUGGUUAGCAGGCCGCACCAAGACAGCCUUCUCCAACCUCUCAGCUGCCCAGACUAUGUCUCCUGGCCAGGACAGCCAUGCCAGCAUGGAAAACCUUCCUGCAUCCGAACAGAUCCUGCAAACCCUGAGUGAGCUGGCCAGGUCUUUCCAAGAGAUGGCUGACCGCUGCCUGCUGGUUCUACAUUUGGAAGUCAGAGUUCAUUGCUUCCACUACCUGAUCCCAUUGGCUAAACAAGGGAACUAUGCCAUCGUUGCCAACGUGGAGAGCAUGGACUAUGACCCCCUUGUUGUCCGGCUCAAUAAGGACAUCAGUGCCAUCGAGGAAGCCAUGAGCGCCAGCCUCCAGCAGCACAAGUUCCAGUACAUCUUUGAAGGUUUGGGCCACCUCAUCUCCUGCAUUCUUAUCAACGGAGCCCACUACUUCAAGCGCAUCAGUGAAUCUGGCAUCAAGAAAAUGUGUAGGAACAUUUUCAUCCUCCAGCAAAACUUGACAAACAUCACCAUGUCACGUGAGGCUGACCUGGACUUUGCAAGGCAGUAUUAUGAAAUGCUCUACAACACAGCAGAUGAGCUCUUAAACCUGGUGGUGGAUCAAGGUGUGAAGUACACAGAGCUGGAAUACAUCUAUGCCCUGAACUUACUGCAUCGGAGCCAGACGGGUGUGGGAGACCAAACCACACAGAACAUGAGGCUGCAGAGGCUGAAGGAGAUCAUUUGUGAGCAGGCUGCUAUCAAACAGGCCACCAAGGACAAGAAAAUCACCACUGUUUAAUCUGCUCAGCCACAGUGAGCAGCAGGGGCUGUCAGGUUGCAAGUUCAGAUUUCUGUGUUUCUGUUAUAAUUUAUGGCAAAAGAAUGUAUCUUCUGGGUGACCGCUAGCAAGAAAGGAAAUGCAAUUUAAAAUUUGGCUUGGGGAUUUUCUUGGGGUAGGGGUUGAUGUGUAAUCAUGUAAUGCUUCCUUAAUGUGUUCUCCCAGUAGUGGUUGCACUGCAGGAGGAACAGGCAUUCUGGUGGAGACUAUGUGGGGUGUUUGGCUUUGCUCUGUCGCUGCUGCUUUGCCUUGGGAUGUAAGGCAGGAUGGAAAAAGAGAUUUCACACCGGCUGAGGCCAGAGCCAUCAGUGAAAGUUCAGACCACACUGAAGUAAAAAGCACCAUGACAUUAUUUGUUGGUAACAUGUGGGAUCGUGAUGAUUUUGAAGCUGUUCCAACAGCAUUGCUGCACGGGAAGCCUGUUUCAGCUCUGCCAUUACUUUUUGCAGUGACAGUCAUUGAUGCAUUUAGUUUUCUGCUGUUUCCACUGCAAAGAGAUCUAGUUGCUUAUUCCUCUAGAUAGUAAUAAGCCAAUUCUCGUAAUGGGAGGUAACGUGGGACCAUUUGUUUCCACUUCUACUUUUUCAUUAUCACAGAGCAUAUGGCAUCAGUUCUGCAGCUCAUACUGCACUGGAUGAUAGUGAAUGUAGGAGAAAAUUGUCAGUAUAAAGGUAAUAGCUGAACUUAAUUCUCUUUUUCUGAAUAUAUCUUUAGAAUAUGCCCAGCUCAGAAGAUAUUUUCUAAUCACCAUUUGAUGUGCUGGAAGGACACACAGUAGCUCAGCACUGAAUGCUCAGCAAGGGCAGGAGGAGGGCACAUUCUAGCUCUGCAGAAUGAGGAGAGCUCACAUCACCAUUCUGUCCUGCCUUGGCCAUUUGUACCUGCCUGAUAAAAGAUUCUAUAUUAUUCACUGGGGCUGAUAAGUUUAUGUCAGCUUUCCAAACCAAGGAUGCACUGCACUUGUAUUUGUCAGGUGAAUAGCAAACCCAGCUGAGUUUCACAUUCUGAGAUGGGUUCUCUCUGAGCUGUGUAACUGCUCGUGCAUCUGUCUUGAAGCUUCAGAAUUAAAAGAUAUUUGAGGACUCCUCAAA